AUGAAUCUAAGUCGUUAUAAUCCAAACACUGAUAUAAAAAUCAAAAAGUUCAUACAACAUCCAGAUUGGGAUCCGCCCGAACGUUAUAACGACAUAGCGCUGGUGGAGUUGGCCAAACCAGUGUCAUUUUCAAGAACUGGAGAUUCUGGUGGACCUUUACAACUGAAGCUUCACGAUACGAAGUAUGAAGGAAGUAUGCACAGGGUGAUUGGGGUGACAGCAUUCGGGUUCAAAUGUGGAGCCAAAGAUCAGCCCGGCAUAUACACUAGGGUUUUUAGCUAUAUGGAUUGGAUAGAAAGUAUAGUUUGCUUAUAUGACACGUUUGUCGGCUUACCAUAG